ACGUUCGUCUCGGGUUCGGCUCCGCUCGGAGACGUUCGGCUCCGCUCGGAGACGUUCGGGUCGCGUUCGGCUCCGCUCGGCUCGGCCCGAACCGGCAGCCCCUCCCCCUCCCGGUGCCCCCCAUGGCCCCUCCCCCCCCCCACCGCGCACAACGGCCCCGAAGGCAGCGCUGAGCAGAGAGGUCUCCGUCAGUCUCCUCUCCGUCAUCGUCACCUUCUGCGGGAUCGUCCUUUUGGGGGUGUCGCUCUUCGUCUCUUGGAAGCUCUGUUGGGUCCCAUGGAGGCACAAAGGGGGGAGCGUUCCGCCCUUCCCCUCCCGGAGGACAAAGCCGAGCAGAACCCCACCCUCUUGGGUCAAAUCCAACCGGAACUUUACGGCUCCGAAGACCUCGGAGGCGCUCGAGGAGGUCCUCUCCCCACCUCCUGCGGUCGCCUCAGUUUCUCCUUACGUUACUCCUACGCUUCGCAACAGUUGGUGGUCCGCGUCCUUCGCGCCAUCGAUCUUCCGGCCAAAGAUUCCAAUGGUUUUUCCGAUCCUUACGUGAAAAUCUACCUCUUACCCGACCGGAAGAAGAAAUUCCAGACGAAGGUCCACCGGAAGACGUUGAACCCCAUCUUUGAUGAGACCUUCAGUUUUGGGGUCCCUUUCGGUGAACUUCCGCUCCGACGCCUUCAGUUUUCCAUCUACGACUUCGAUCGCUUCUCCCGUCAUGACCUCAUCGGGAAUGUCAUCCUGGAGAACCUUCUGGAAGCGGCCGAGCGCGGUCCCGAUGUCCCCAUCUGGAGGGAUAUCCUGGAGGGAGGAGGGGAGAAGGCCGAUCUGGGAGAGGUGAACUUCUCGCUGUGUUAUCUGCCGACCGCCGGACGCCUGACGGUCACCGUCAUCCGCGCCUCCAACCUACGCGCCAUGGACCUCACCGGCUACUCGGACCCCUACGUGAAGGCGUCCCUCAUGGCCGACGGGCGGCGCCUGAAGAAGCGCAAAACCUCCAUCAAGAAGAACACUCUGAACCCGAGCUACAACGAAGCCCUCGUGUUCGACGUUCCGCACGAGAGCGUGAACCACGUCAGCAUCACCAUCGCCGUCGUCGACUACGACUGCAUUGGGCACAACGAGGUCAUCGGCCUUUGCCGCGUGGGCAGCGACGCCGACGGCCGCGGCCGCGAGCAUUGGGCGCAGAUGUUGGCCAACCCGCGCAAACCCAUCGAGCACUGGCACACCCUCGUCGAGGAGAAGGCGUUGGUGCCCAAAGGGGCGCGAGAGAAACCCACGGCUGUACUGGAACCACUGGGAGCGACCGACCAGUGAGGCUCUGCCCAGGCCGGGGGGGACCCCAACAUCGAAGCCAUAGGGGCCCCCCCCCCACUGUGAACCCCCAAUGAGGUUGGGGGGGCCCCCCCAAAAAGAGACCCCCCCAAAAAAUAGGGCCCCCCCAGAAAUAGGGACCCCCAAAAGUAGGGACCCCCCAAAAAAGGGACCCCCCCAAAAAAGG